UGUGCCAAAACAAAUGCAAAUAAUAUUGAUGACAAUUAUAAUGAAACACCUGCGGCUGCAACGCUUAGCCGCCACCUGUUUACUAAUUGGAUUAUGUGGACUGUCCACGACGUUUGCGUACUUUAUAGACUAUACAGAGAACACAGAGCUGAUACAGCAACGUGCCGGCUACGACGUUCGGCUGCAGUGCAACUUGACGGGUCUGCUGGAUGAACGCAGGCUGGCGGACAUUAAGAUACACUGGUACUUUAAGCAAUGCAGCGACAACAAUUGCUACCAACUAGAUUCUGGCGAUGACUGGACUGCUCUGCCCUGUGAGUCGACACUCUGUCGCGCCGAGCUGUGGCUGCGCAAUGUGACGGAGCGUUACUCCGGUCUGUACAAGUGCAGCAUCAACCCACAUGUAUGGGAUGCAACUCAAGCGGUGGACGUCCAACUUGUGCGCACAUAUCAGUUGGAUGUUAAGAAUAGUUCGCUGGCAGCACCGGAGUUCCUGGAUGCCUAUCCCAGCAAUAAGACAGCCGUUGAGGAUAGUCGAGUUGUUUUCCAGUGCCGUGUGCACAGCGAGGAGCAUUUGACUAUUAAAUGGUUUCGACGGCAUGGCUAUGCAGCCUAUGUGUCUGUCCCGGAAACGCCGCAGCCAACACCAGGCUCGACAAAUUUUAGUGCUCAUAUUGUGCGCUACAAUGGACGUACCUAUGAAUUGCUCUCCACAUCCCCGGAGAAGCUCGUCAGUCCGCAGAUCUACCUCAGCAAGCUGAUCUUAAACAGCGUGAGGAUUCGAGAUGCUGGCUACUAUGCAUGUGUGGCAAUUAGCUAUCGCGGCCACAAAAUCCGGGAAGCCUAUCUCGAAGUUUUGCCGUCAGAUGAUGCUAUGGAGUACUGGAUGGACUACACCAACAGCGACGAGCUCGUCACUGAUGAUACAAGCGAUCCACGAGAAUUCCUGCUGCUGUUUCUCAUGCCACUGGGCUUGGCGCUGCUGCCGCUGAGCGUUUGGGGCGGCUAUAUGAUCUAUAAGCGAUGUUCGAAGCAUAGCGAAUGCGAACGCAUGGAACAGCAAUACUCCGACGAGGAGCUGGAUACAGAACGUUAUGUGCUCGGCGGCAGCUGACAAUGUUGGAGGACAUUGCAUUGCGCAUACGCCUACGAGAUGUGGGAGCAAAGACUGUGCUUACACUUAAGCU